UGCAGCCAUAAAAGCCCCUCAGCACUUACUGACCACACAGCGAUGGAAACACAGGACCAUCGGGCGUUCAGUGGCACUUGUGACGGACUGACAAGUGCAGGCGAGCAACUCAAAAGCGGCUCGGCGACUCACUUAGUGGUGCGAGAGGACAAUUGCGGCAUGGCAGUGAGGAGAACCGAAUGGGAAAUCAUUGGUUGUCGUAUUUUCCUCAAUUGUGCGGUGACACGCUUUACCCCGCAAGCCAUGUUAGUAUCAAGUUGUUGGAAGGCAGAUCGGCCCGCUCCGCGAGGAUAACUAAGACCUGACAAAGGAACCUGUAUUAUGGAUUCGCCUGCAAAGAAAAAAGCCUCCUGCUGCAUUACAGGUAUUGGCUGUAAUGGAGCUUCCUAUCUCGCCUCAUUAUGAAUACCGACGAGUUGCUUCGUGUAUGGUGGCGGGGGCGCGCCAUUUUCUCAACCAACGUAGCCGAAGUCUCCUCGGCCCAUUGCUGCCUGACACUUAAACCUGCGGCCACACUAAGAGCAAUCAUAC